AUAAACAUAAUUCUAGCCCUACUCACCAAUACAAUCCUGGCCUCCUUACUUGUACUAAUCGCAUUCUGACUACCUCAACUAAACAUUUACUCGGAAAAAGCCAGCCCCUACGAAUGUGGAUUUGACCCUAUAGGAUCAGCACGCUUACCCUUUUCCAUAAAAUUCUUCCUAGUAGCCAUUACAUUCCUACUAUUUGAUCUAGAAAUCGCAUUACUAUUACCCCUCCCAUGAGCAUCUCACGCAAACAAUCUAACGACUACCCUCACUAUAGCACUUACAUUAAUCUCCUUAUUAGCUGUAAGCCUAGCUUACGAAUGAACCGAAAAAGGACUAGAAUGAACAGAAU